UCAUUUAUCGUUGUUGUUAUUGCUGAUGAUACUUAUAAUCAGUAUUGUUUGUUUUUUAUUUCGUUUCCCUACACCUACCUACAUUUGGUGAUUUUUUCCCCCCUCUUUGAUCAGUUUUUCAAACCCCCCUCUCUCCCUCACUUAUUCCUUAUCUCGUGUCUCAAAAUGAAGGGCUUGUGGUGGACCUGCAGCACCACACUGAACAAACACAAACACACACACAUAUGUAUAUUUAUUUAUGUGUAUGCGUGCAUGUGUUUGUGUGUGUUAUGAAUAUAAACUUCCCUUUGAUAAUUUUUCGUUUGCCGUUUUCUGUGUUUGUUUUUCUUUUUUUCGUGUCUUUUGUUACCGCUAACGAACGUCACCAUUUCUAUGCAUCGCUUUGGCUGUCUUAACGCUUAGUAGCAAUUACCGUUUAAAUAUUAUAUCCACGCGAACUGCAGCCGCUGCUUGCUUACAGCGUGUGGUAGGCAUUACUAUACACGCAAGUGUAUAUACUUAACCGCAACAUACCCCCGGAAAGAAACGAAAAGAUAAACGUAAAGGAAAAAAACCUCACAUUAAGCACUUUAUACACACGCUUGAAAAAUCUGCGUGCUUGUAUGUGUGUUUGUGUGCGUGCGAGUGAGAAUACCUAUAUAUUCAUUUAACUAUCGAUAUAUAUAUAUAUAUAUAUAUAUAUAUAUCUGUGUGUGUGUGUGUGUCUGUAGACACGCGCGCACACUUGUAUAUACACAUAUACAUUCCAACACAUACAUAUACUAAUAGAUAACUAUGAAGAGGAACCCUCACAUCAAGAGGCUAUACACAAUUGAUUUUUUUUCUUCCCCUCUUCUUGUACCAGAAUCUAAAAUGUUCACGAGAGAGCGACUGUGAGAGAUGAGUAUUUUGUGAAACCACGCCGUCGACUUUGAGAAAUGGUGCUGCGACACUGUCGUAGCGUUGUUUAGUAAGAUGCUAGCAGGAGGAAACUGGUUAUGAUUAGUAGCUUUAUAUCAUUAUCAAUUAUUGUUAUUGUUAUUAUUGUUAUUAUUACUGUUACUAUUAUCGUCGCCACCGCCGCCGUCACCACAAUCAUCAUCAUUAUCACCAUCACUGUAAUCAUCAUCAUCAUCGUCAUUUAUUUAUGCAGAGUAGGUUCCCCGCACGGAAAAGAAACACAUGUAUGUAGAGUGUGUAAGAUUUCUACUAGACUGCAGCUCGUUACAAUAGAGCCAUGCAUCAAGCGAAGGAAUUUUCAAGUAGACGCUUAGCAUUCUAAAACUGUGUACGGUCAUUACAAAUACUACUUCCCACCCAAUAGUCAAGAUGAGAAAGUGCAGAUAUGGCUUCCUAACCACAUGGUUUUCAUGUACAACUCCAAUGCAUGGAAUCUUGAGCAAGUGUCAUCUGCUAUAAGUCCAGGCCAACCAAAGCCUUGAUUCACAAUCUGGAUUACCACUGUCAUGUGCUGACACUUUCUAUUGUGAUAGUCCUGAAAAAUACAUAACUGAACAAAUAGUGCAAGGGAUUUCUACCCCAAGAACAAAGGCUUCAGGAUCACAGAGAAAGGAUGAAGAUAAUGAUGAGGGUCCAGUAGAUGGUCCCUAUGUAAUUCCAACUCAGAUUGGUAAAGAGACACUACGUAUUGGGAAGAGCUUGGAUAGAAGGGACCCAUCAUGGAGUAGACAGAAUGUCGUAACCAUGACAGCAGAAAGCAGGGGUGAGACGGGGUGUGAUUCUGGGUCUGGAGAACGUCGCAGUGGUGGAAAUCGAAGACCUGGAAGACUACUUCCGCCUACUUCUGUGAUGGUAGCGCUGUCCAUUGUGGCAAUGGCAACAGCAGCUUUGUGUGCGUAUUGUUCAAUGAGUGGAUCCAAUGUUCUCACUGUCAGCAUUCCUUCAAGUGCCCUCUUACGUCGAGUGCGAAGUUUUACUGAACAUCCGAACCUGUCUGAGUUAACUCUGAAUAUCACUACGCUACAUGCAAACUUCAGAAUUCUUGAUUCAGCUGAGUGUGAGUCUGAUCCUUCAAAAUGUACUACCUAUGCUGUUUGUGACAACCAACAGGGAGAAAUGACAUGCAGGUGUCAGAGAGGUUACUAUUUGGAUGGACAGAAGUGUCAACUUUGUCGAACAUCUUGUCCACGUGGAUACUAUAUGGUUAAACCUUGUACGACUAAAAAGGAUGUUGUAUGUAAAGCUUGUGAUGUAUGUAAGGGGACAGAGUAUGAAAUCACACCUUGUCGAGCUGCCCAAAAUAGAAAAUGUAUUGAUGUCACUUUCCCUACACAUCAAAUUAGAUAUGAUGGUAAAACCUGUUCAAAAGUUGCAGAUAAUAACAGCUUACAGCUGAUGCCAUCAGGAAAUGUAUUUGUGGAACGUUUAAACAGUAUCAAGGAACUAGAGACCACAAUGUAUGUUACAAAUAAUCAACAAGCCAUGGAUUUCAUUUGGAAAAGAGAAUCAGGGCUUCAAGUAAAAGCUAGUAUAACUGAUGUGUUUUUGGUCCCAGAAUAUGUAGAUAUUGACCAUUCUGAUGACAAUCAAUAUUUUUUGCAGAGUGUUUUUGUACACAGCGAACUGAAACAGACAUUUCGGAAUAUCUUAAAGAGUUACUGUAGGCAUCCGCUGCCAGAUUAUUAUAAUAUGAUUCUGGAAGUUCAUCCCAAUCGAAGUACUAAUGCUACAGUAGUUAUAUGUGACUCCAAAAAUCCUGCAGUACCACAAUGUCCUAAGUCUUAUAGCGAUGGUCAGAAAUAUAUCAAGCGAUCUACGAAUAAUGUUUGUCCAAAAUUAAAGGGUAAACGUUUGAAGGCACUCUCCCCGGCUGCCAAUAGCAUUGUUUGUUUAGAUGAAUCCCCACUCUUAACAGCUAUAUUUGGAAUGAAGACAGCAAAUGUUACUGAAUUAAUGUUCCGAUCAAGGGAAUGUGAAAAUUUCACAAAGAGUUGCCUCUCCUGCAUUCAACGAGGCUGCAGAAAUUCCAAUAUUUAUUCCCCUAUUGCAGGUCCUCUGCGUGGUGAAAAUUCUUGUUGUCAAAUUCCAUGCUACAGAACUUACUCAUGUCGUAAAUCAUAUGACUCACUUUGCCCUCCCAGUCCAGUUGAAUGUGCAACAAGUGAUGCCUAUGUGUUCACAUUACGGCCAAUGUUUAACUCUAUAUCGAGUCAGUUCUUCUGCCACUUACAAUAUAAAAAGCCGACAAAACUGUACAGCAUAAAUUAUAGUGUUGACAUCCCCCAAGUGGGGUAUCAAUUUAAAGAAAAACAUCGAACAGUUUUAGCAGAAUCUACUGGUUUCCACCAUCACAGUUUAGUUACUGUUGACUUUAUAUCUGUUGAACAUUCUUCACAGCUACCUGUACGGGAGCAAGCGAUACUUGUAAAAGAUCACAGUAGAGCUGAUUUUUCUCUUCAUUCACUGAAGCAAGCUCAGGAUUUUGACCGAAAAUUUGAUAUAAAUAAUCCAACAGAAAACAUCUUCUCCACUGAUGCCCAGUUUUCAAAGCCAUUCGAAUAUAGCUCUAUGACUUGGCAUAACGGUGGUUGUGGUAAAAAUUCUUCGAAAAUAUAUCCUGCGCAAUUGCUAUUUGUUGAUCAUGGUGAUUCAGUUAAUGCCCAUAAGUCUGUCUUUGAUGGACGGUUCCAUUAUCACAUAUCAAACACCAAAGAAACACCACAAAUAAAAUUACUUAUCAGUGCAAACAGCUCAAUAUUAAAGCAUUAUCAACAUGAUUUUCCUAAUGCCUUGUUGAAUAGCAGUAGCCUUGAAGUAAAGUUGUUCUGGCAACCAGUCUUAAAAAAUUGGAUGAUGAAAAUCAAAGGGGUUCUUUACUCUUGCCCUGGCUAUUUAAGAAUGAAAGUUUAUGAUAGUGAGCAUCGCAUCUGCUACGGAAGCUAUGAUAUGUUCAUCAAUUGCCCAACCACUUUUCAGAUAUCUGCAGUUCUUACUGAAUGGGGUAACAAGCAGCCAUCAAUUUUAACUGUGAUGCUCAGUGACAUCGAAAGUACUCAUCGCCUCCAUUUGACCACUCACGAAAUCAAUAAAGACUAUAUGAAACCCUCAUCAAAUUCAUAUAGACUCAAAAAACAUAGCACAGUUAGAAUUUCACCUUGGAAACCAGUUAUUGCAAUUCUUGUAUCUGCCAGUAUUCUAGGUACAAUGAUGUUAUGUACCUUAGCUGGUUUAUUAAUUUACAAUGUUGGUCGUCGAACUAUACCAUCACUACCACCUCCAUCACCAGCACAAGACGAGCGCCGGUCUUCACUUCUCAGCAGUCCUGAGCAAGAGCGACCUCUGGAAAUUAUUCCAAGACCCCCCACUGAAACUUCCAGAGGAUUAGUUUUUCUAUUUAUAGUCAUUUAUUUAAUGUAUUCAUUCUUCUUUACAUUGUCAGUUACGUUGGGUUUGUUCUAUGUCAUCAUCGGUCCAUCUGUCAUCUCAUUACAGAACACUACCGAAAUGAGUUAUCAUGUGCGACAGAGUGUAAACAGAUGUUUAGAAGAAAUUAAAGCACAUGAGAAAUUUGAGACAAUGCGAAUGUUGGACUUGAUAAAACAGAGACAGAUAUCAUGUCAAUCUCAUCUUGACACUGAAGUCACCCACAUUCUACAAGGAAUGCACUCUUCCACAAGAAUGGUCUUGAGAAGUGUUUAUAGAGACAAUGGAUUGCUGAAAAAGUCUGUGCAUGACUUGUUUAUGUCAAAACAAUUUAAAUUUGAAUCUGAAUUAAAUGAAUUUAUCUGCCAGACUAACCAUACGUUAUAUAAUCAGCUUCUGAGCUUUCGUUCAAAGUACAUCAACUUCCUUAAGAAAUUAGUUCACAACCAAUGGUUGGAAUUUCCAAAGAAAAUAUUUGAACGUCAUGGUUCUAUAAAUGAUGUAUUCGAAUCAGAAAAUUCACUGCUGGAAUAUCUCAACUGGUUAGAAGUAGACAAAGUUUUUGAAGUGAGUCAAGUGCAUGAUAUUAUUAUGAAGCAGAUGGUUGAAUCCAAACCUAUAUUUCCUGGUAAUGAUAUUUUGGCUACUAAUCCAGGACGAAAUAUUAAAUCUGUUUGGAUCCGGCUUCAUACUGAACUUGAAGAAAGGACGUGGGAGCUGUCAAAAACUAGGCACGUCUUUCGUUACUUAUUAUCUCAUGCCUUUAGCUAUGAAGACACCAGCAAUAGAGACUACUACCAAGAUAUACAAUAUGAAGAAAAGAGGGAAAUUUCUUCUGGUGGCAGUAAAACGUUUUUCUCAGUGUUGGUAGCGAUUUUUAUUAUUUUAGAUGCAUUGUUAUUAUUUUAUCGUUUCAAAUGGAUGAAAUGUAUGCUGUCACAAAUUAGAUGUGGCUAUGUGCAGAAGCUGCCAAUGGACACAGUGUCAAGCAAGGUUUAUGCAAUACAAACAGGUAGAUCAGCACCACGCCCAUAUAAUCCCCUGGAGCAUCCAUACAGUUAUUAUCAAGAUAACAAGGAAGAUAUUUGGUCUGCCAGUGAACUCUACUUUGCUCAAGCACCAACCAAAUCUAAAGAAGACAUUCUAAGAGAGAUUUGGAAUCACCGACGUCGACAAGAACCUAAGUUGAAACGAGAGCGAUUGAAAGACUUUUGCUUUGUUCAAUAUUUUAUACAACUAUGCAGAUUAAUUCUGCGUAUUUUAGGAUCAAAGCUAUUUUUAAAGCUAAUCCUGUUUGCUCUUGUUGUAUUUUUCUUGGGGAUAUUUCUGGCAGCAGCAGACGCAAUUCUUACUGCAGACAACAUCAAGCUGUUCUUAGACAGACACCUGGGUGCAUCUCAGCUGAAGGACCACUUACUAAUGUCAGACAACACACUGAUCAAUUAUGCGGAUUAUCUAAAUAGACACUUAGUUUUUAUCAAGAAAUUCGUAGACUGGGAGAUUGCAGAUUUCAAUGCAGUUCUGGAAGGAGUCAGACAAAAUCAGAGGCAGCUUUUAAAUAAAGUUUUGGAAGAUAUCUGCAACAUUAUGGGAAACACAUCAUCUUCAUCAUCACAGACUUCAUGUAGCUCGCCACCAUCACUUCCUACCACCACAAUUACCUCGUGUAACUUCAUGUCCAUCCAGCCACAGUUUUAUGAUGGAAUUCUUCAAGAGGUCUCGGUCCAGCUCCUCCAAAAUAACCUCACAAGUACAGAGCUAGCGAGCCGACAGAUGGUGUUCCACAGUGUAUAUCUGCUUCUGUUCCUCGCCUGUGGCAUGUUUUUGAGUCAUGCAGUUGCACAAGUCAUAAACUAUUACGUCUUUCAUGAAAGCAAGGUCCCUAUUUUGAGGAUCUAUCAGACAACGAGCUCAUCUUCCCCGUGGCCCGAGCAUCACAACUGUACCGUUAAGGACAUGCACCGUAGCGCCUCCUGGCUACAGAGCAGUGAAAGUGGUGUAUACCUUGGAGACAAUGAAGAAAAUGUGCGUGAAUCCGCUAUGUAAAUAGAAACAACCCCUACUCACUUCCCUCCUACCUGGAUUCCUGGGAUAUCCUUGGCUGCUCCAGUUUCCUCCUUAAAAUUAGGAGGUUUCUGGAUUCAUUACAGUGGCAUGCCAACAUAUCUUCAGACCAUAACCUGGAGGAGUAACUCACAAAUUUGUGUUCUUAGGAUUGUGUAAUCUAUUACAAGUGGACACAGCAUUCAUCCUGGACAAUAGAUGUUGGUCAUAUUCCUACAAGAUCAUGCUAUUGUUUCUUAGUUCAUAUUUGUCCAUCCGGUGACAAUAAGAAGAAGUCAUUUUAAAUAAGUAAUCAUCACUAUCAAAUGAAUGUUUCCAGGAAGCAAUGAGAAAUGAAGUAAAAUGUGGAAAGAGGCUUUCCCUUUCGCCAAUAGCUGUUUGGUACAUGAUGCCUGCACUUUUCCCAGUCAUGCUCUGAAGGAAAAAAAAAAAAGAUGCUAAAAAUAUAUUGUUAUUAUUCAACUCCCCAAACCCAUCAUGAGAAAGAGAAGGCAAACGAGUUUAAAGUUAAAGCAAACAAACAAAAUGAAUGAAGUAUCUAAAAUGUGUAUGUUUGUAUUUAGGUGUAUGUAAGAGAACUUAGCUUUCAGUUUGCCUUCAGUCUUUCCAGAAAAAUAUAUGCAAGCAAAUCAUAUUACAUUGCCUGCCACUCAUCAAUCCUUAUUUUAAUCAGUUGUUAUUAAUUUCAUUAAAAAAAAAAACGAAACAAAACAAUAAAAAAUAUACAUAGUAUACAGAUAUGUAUAUAUGUGUAAUACAUUACACAAAUAUACAUGUGUCUGUGUAUAUAUGUAUGUAAAUUCAUACGUAUAUAAUAGAAGUCUAGGUAGACUGAUAGAUAGAAAAACUAGUACCUCCAAGUACUUAGUUAUCAUGACCAAGGAUGGAAAGUUUUGUGGGAAAUCUGCUUUCACUUUACAAAAAUGUACUGAAAAGAAUCUUUGCAUUGAAAAAUUGGAUAUAUAUAUAUAUAUACAUACACACAUAUACAUCUAUAUAAAUACUUAUAUAUACAAAUAUAUGUAUGUAUAUAUAUAUUUUAUAUAUAUAUAUAUAUAUACCAUAUAUACCAUACAUAUGUAUAUCUAUAUGUGUGUAUAUACAUGCAAUGCAUGUAUAUAUAUAUGCAUUACAUAUAUAUGUAUGCAAUCAUACAGAUACAUACAUAGACAUAAAUGUGUAUAUAUAUAUGUAUAUAUGAAUAUAUAUCUAUACACACAUUCAAAUGUGUGUGUAUGUAUAUAUGU